AUAUACAAUGUAAUAGUGUCUCCAGCAUCUGUGGACAGUUUCCUCGACAUAGCUGUGGUCCCCCCUUAUACAAUGUUUUGACAGGGACAGAUAACUUCCCAUUCUCCAAAUCACUUUGUUACAGGCAUUCUGAUUAUUUUGACUUUUUGAAUACCGAUAUUCUACAGGUAUCUUCCAAAAAAAAUUAAUUAAUUAAUAAACUGUUUCAAAGCCAUCUUUAUCCAUUUCACAAUUUUGAGGAUUUUGCAGCCAUUUGUAGGGGGCAUACACUGUAUCUUGAUAUAAAUGUUCCACUCAUCCUCUUCAUGACUGAAAGUUGUAACUUUUUGCUGUCAACCAGGGAACAUGACAAAGGACCUGACUUGUUCUUCCACACUUUGUAUCAGUUGGCUGAUCAAGGAUUGCAAUUCAAGGUUUCUGUUUUAGGAGAAAGGUUCUCUGAAGUUCCAGGUAUUUUUGAAGAAGCCUUCACACGAAUCAGAGAUCAUAUUCUCCACUGGGGUUAUCAAGAAUCUCGCCAGGAUUACAUUGCCAUACUGAGGGCUGCUGAUGUAGCUGUGUCAACUGCUCAACACGAGUUUUUUGGUGUUUCAAUGCUGGAAGCAGUGCAACAUGGCUGUUAUCCACUUUGUCCAAACAAGUUGGUUUACCCAGAAAUAUUUCCUUGUGGACAGGCCAUGUUUUGCCUCAUUUUGACCUCUCCACAAUGACAACGGCCACUAACAUACUAAAGCGCAUCGCAGCUGCCAAGAAAACCUAUCGACAAUGACCAGUUUAUCAACGACUGGAGAACGGGAAAUCUCAUUUUUCAUUGGAUAAGGUCAGGAAGCUCGAUCACUACUGCCCACAUUGCUGGUCUCUGUUUCUUUUUGGUUUCGGUUUUAUUGAUAAAUCCUGAUUUUGUUAUCUAUUUAGACGGUGCAAUCCUGGGGGGG